GAGCGGUACGCUUCUCUUUAUCUGAAUAGUCAUCGUAUUUUCCCCAGCAGUUCAGACUGCUUGUGGGCGAGUAUCAUAGUGUAUAAAGAGUGACUGGCAAACUGGAGGCGCUACUUUAUCCGGAGGGAGAUGUUGUUUCCCCUACAAAGAUCUUGAAAAACAUAUUUCAAUAGCAAUCACAGACAGGCGGAUGUGGAUACAGGCAUAAGCAAGCUAACUACAGAAUAUCUCCGAGAAAAGGAUGUGACCUGCUGAGAAUAAGACUGUCCUUAGCGUAUUUCCAGAGCUAAGCCACAGUUGAGAGUGCGUUAGCUUAUCUACAGGUGAUUAUAAUUGCAUUUGGUGUUUUGAAGAUUAGCCACUGUUUUGGCUGCAUGCAUUUGCAUUUCUUCUUCGAGUAUCAUAAGAAAGAAGACUGGGGUAAAACCGAUAUGGCUGUUUUCCUGCUUUCCAUACUGCUGCAGGUACAAAUAGAAUUUGUUAUUGGAUCAAAUCAUGGAUUUGAAGGGCGGGCUGUACACCACAGGGAAAAGACUAUUAAAGGAAAGCAACCUGUUUAUAACAGUCAUAUGAACAACCCGGAAUACCAGCAGACUUAUUUGAUGAAAUCCGCUACUGAUCGCCCUGUUUUGGCACAGAAAAUAGACGGAGAUCUACCCAGGGUCGCUACGGCUUUUCUUCAUACAGGGGAUUCAUCUAAAUUGAAAAAUGUCAACUGUUCCAAGGGAUACGAACUGGGAAGUCUACGGGGCAUGUCACACACCGCAUCCCAUUCCUCCCUGCGUAGCGCGCUGGAUACGGUGCUGCAUGCCACCAACUUCCUCAACAUGAUCCUGCAAGCAAACAGGUCCAGGGAGAAAAACCUCCGAGGGGAUAUCGAAUGGUACCACGCGUUAGUUAGGAGCAUUUUGGAAGGGGAUCCCAAAAUUCAGAGGGCCGUGGUCACCUUCAACGAGGAGCCUGUGUCGUCAGGUCCGCACGUCUUACUGCAAGCCACCAGAACGGACAGCGAAAUAGUACUGCAAGACUUGUCGUCCACGGCCCAUCGCUUGCGAAACAAGACGCUGGAAACGGAGUGGUUCAAUGUGUUCAAAUCCAGGAGGAAGCCUCACCUGCACAGAAGGGUGUUGAUCCACGACAUCGCGUCGCUGGAUGCUUCACUGAGGAGAGGAGACAGUUACGUGGUUGAUAAAACUCACAUCAAGUGGUCUGCACCGUUCCUUGAGUGUCAAAAUGGAAAUUUUAUCCCCCAUUGGCUUCUUACUCUCUCGGCUGGGUUCUAUGGACUCAGACCAAACCUCAUCCCCGAAUUCAGGGGUGUGGUUAGGGUGGACAUCAACCUCCAAGAUGUGGACAUUGACCAGUGCUCCAGUGAUGGGUGGUUUGCAGGAACUCAUAGGUGCCACUUGAACAGCACAGAGUGCAAACCAAUUAAAGGACUUGGAUUUGUUCUUGAUGCGUACCAAUGCGUCUGCAGACAUGGAUUCUACCAUCCGAGCCGGCUCUCAAUCAACGGCUACACAAAGAAAGCAAAAGAAAAUCCAGUUUCUGGAAGCCGAUAUGAAGAGGAGUUGUCUGAUGGAGUGCACGAGUGUCUGCCUUGCAGGGCAGGAUGUUCAUACUGCACAGACGAGAACCCCUGCUAUGCCCAGGAGGAUGGGUACUUACGGAUAUCUAUUCUUUCCUUCAAUGCAGUCUGCAUGCUGAUGGAUUUCAUCAGCAUGCUGGUCGUCUAUCGUUUUCGGAGAAACAAGAGUAUUCGAGCUUCGGGUUUGGUUCUUCUGGAAACCAUUCUGUUUGGAGGCUUGCUUCUUUACUUUCCUGUUAUUAUCCUAUACUUUCAGCCGAGCAUAUUCCGAUGUAUUCUUCUAAGAUGGGUUCGUCUUCUCGGCUUUGCUAUUGUUUAUGGAACGGUGACUCUCAAGCUCUUCAGAGUUCUAAAGGUGUUCCUGUCCCGAACAGCACAGAGAAUUCCCUACAUGACGAGCUGGCGGGUGCUCAGAAUGCUGGCAGUAAUUCUGCUCAUUGUGUGCUGGUUUCUGAUUUCCUGGACCUCUGCUGUCUGUCAGAACAUGGAUAGGAAUGUGUCCUUCAUUGUUGAGGGGAAAACUUCAGACAACCUGCAGUUUAAAAGGUGUCUGCUGGACCGUUGGGACUACAUGAUGGCCAUUGCUGAAUUUCUUUUCCUCUUGUGGGGAGUUUAUCUCUGCUGUGCAGUACGGACAGUGCCAUCAGCAUUUCAUGAGCCACGCUACAUGGCCGUUGCAGUCCAUAAUGAACUCAUUAUCUCUGCACUAUUCCAUGUCAUUAGGUUCACUGUAGCCUCUACACUUCAUCCAGACUGGAUGCUUAUGCUCUUCUUUGCUCACACACACUUGACAGUGACUGCUUCCAUGGGGUUGCUGCUAAUACCAAAGUUCCUGCUAGCAAGGACUAACCCGAGAGACGACACUGCUGCUGAAGCCUAUGAGGAUGACCUUGAUUUAGGCAGGUCAGGGUCUUAUCUGAACAGCAGCAUCGCUUCAGCUUGGAGUGAGCACAGCCUGGAUCCAGAUGACAUCCGGACGCCAGACGAAAUGGGCCAGCUCAGUUCUAGUAAUGGCUGUGGCGUAAGGUCAUGCGACAGUCUUUUGGAAAAACGUACCAAUGAAGAACUGAAGAAACUUUAUUCUCAGCUUGAAAUCUAUAAGAGGAAGAAGAUGGUCGCCAACAAUCCACACUUGCAGAAGAAAAGGAGCUCAAAGAAGGGGCUUGGCCGCACCAUAAUGAGGCGCAUUACUGAGAUUCCAGAGACUGUAAGCAGACAGUGCAGCCGGGAAGACAAGGAAUUGGGGGAUCAUACUAGUGCCAGAAACAGCAUCAGCACUUUGAGGAGAAACCCCUUUGACCCUGCGCACUCCAGCACAAAAAGCAAAGAGGAGUCUUUGAAAAGCAAAGCCUUCUCCAUCAAGAAGUCACACAGCAGCUAUGAUCAUGUAAGGGACCAAAGCGAGGACUCCAGCAGCCCCGCCACAGAGAAGAUGGAAGUUGCUACCACAGAGAGUUCCCUCUUGGAUACCUUAAUGGGCAAGGGGAAACACGAGAAAAAGUCCACAGAGACUACUGAGGCUGAAUCCACUGACUCUCUUCCAUUAGUUUGCAAAUCUGCCAGUGCACACAAUUUGACUGCAGAUAAGAAACCUUUGCACCCCAGAACAUCCAUGUUGCAGAAAUCCCUCAGUGUUAUUGCCAGUGCCAAGGAGAGAACCCUGGGGCUCACAGGCAAAGCCCCAAGCCUUGAGGAAAACAGCAGACAGCAGAAGAGUCAGCAGAAGGGGAGAGAGUCCAACAAGCCUCACUCUGAGAAGAGUGACUACCAGCAGAAAAAUGUUGCCAGCCAAGCGGAGGAGGCUAAAAAGUCCAAUAAACAAGGAAUCAUGAAGCCCCAGGGGAGUAGCAGUCAGCCUUCUCUCAGCCCUGAUCCAGGGAAGACAGGAUCCAAAGAUCAGUUUGAUGUGGCCGAGGUUUGCCCAUGGGAGGUUCAGGACCUUCCUCCCACUCCACCAGAAAAUAAGGUCCAGAAGCACGUAUCCAUUGCUUCGACAGAAUCCACAUCAGCCCAUGGGUCCCACGCAAAAGGUAAAUCACAGAACAAGCAGAUAGCUACAGAGAAUUUGUCUUCACAAAUUAAACAGUCAAUUCAGAAGAACCUUGACAAGUCAGAAAUACGCCCUUGGGACUUUGAGGAGCCCCAGGACUUGACAGAGGGGUCUAAACCACUGGCAAACCAUCAGUCUGUGCCGCCUCUUUCUAAAGGCGAGCACUCUAGUAAAGCUCAGAAGGCUGAGAUUUGCCCUUGGGAGUUUGAAGAGACGGUAGCCAGAGGCGUUGAAGCUAGGCAAACAGAGCCAGACAAGAUCAAGCACGGCGGGCAGAAAAAGAAUGCAUUCCCAGUUGAUGUUCAAGGCAAGGAACUUCUGUCAGACGCCUCAAAAUCUAACAGCAGCACACAGCUGACUACACCCAAAAAGGUAGAAGUCUGCCCAUGGGAUUAUGACCCUGAAUUGUCACCUAAUUCUGACACGACUGCUGUCCCAAUUGCCUUUUUGAAAACAAAAGACACAACUCAGAAGAAGAAAGGACUGUUCUCAAUUUCAAAAGAUAAGGAAAGGGGACGAGACAGGGAUGAUGAAAAGGGUAAAGCCAAGAGCAGAGAGAAGGCUGCGUUUACAAAAGGUACGCAGAAACCUGUCAGCCAAUCAAAACUGGCAGAAGUGUGUCCCUGGGAAACUGAAAGCAGCCUGGAUACUUCAACACAGGAAAGAAAAAGCACAUUGAAUGAGCUGAGUGCAGCCAAGAGCAAACAAGCUGCUAUUUGCCCCUGGGAAUUCGAGGGCAUUCCUGAUACUAAACUUGACAGAAAUACUUGUGUAGAAAAACUCAAUCCAAAUUCCAAAGGGGGAGCAGCUGGUCAAACCAGAUUGGAUGAGGUUUGUCCAUGGGACUUUGAUGACCAAACAACUGGGAAUAAUGCAUGACAUGUUUUCAAUUCAGCAUAUUCAUUGCUCAUGGAGCUUUUCUUUUUUUUUUUUCACACGAUGAACCUCAUAAAUCCAAAAAAACAAAAGGGAGGUUUUACCCAGGUUGCCUUUUUCCUCCAAAUAUCAUUAGUUUCUUUUCCUUUUAACAAACUGUCACGUCUGAUAUAAAGCAUUCCAGAUUGAUACAGAGUAUUUUGUGAAUUUUUGCUGAUGACAAUAUUCUAAUAUUUCAAAUUAUGCAACCGUACGGCACUUUUACUGCAACAUAAAAUACCCGUUUUGACUGUACAGUACUUUCAGUUUCAUUCACAUUUAAUAAGUGUGCACAUGGCCACUGAUGCCACAAAUUCUUUUCCAUUGCUAUUUUAUUUGUUGAAGUUUAUAUGGUGGAUCUUCUGUUCUGUCUAGUGUUUACAAAUCCCAGCAUACAUCCUUCAAAAUUAUAGUUUAGUAUUGAAUAUUAUUCAGGGUUUUUUAUAGAGUGAAUUUAUAUGCUUUUAUUUUCCCACCAGAGGUAUGCAUACACUUGCUUUAUAUUUUGCAUUCAGUGGUCCUACCAAGAAUCAGUUUAAAGCAAGGGUCUCCAAUCCUGGUCCUGGAGGGCUGGUGUUAUCCCUGGUUUUUGUUCC